AUGCAAAAAGUAAAAAAAUUUCUUUUAAGGGCUGAGAUUGAGAAUUUUUAUCCAAACAAGUUUAUUCAACUUUCGGAUAGAAGGAUUUAUGUUUUGAAUACGCUUUUCAAUCUUCCUGAAACCAAUUUGAUUGCACUUCUAGUUGACUUUUUUGAUAAAUCAGAGGAAUACCAGCUAACUCAAGACAAAACAGGCCUUCGGCAUGGUGAUGCAAUUAUGUCUUAUAAAUCAAUCUUCCAGGAUAUUCGUGGAGCAGUUGAUUUUGUUCAUGGCGCUGAUGCAGAUUUAAAGAAAAAAGUGAUUUUAAAUAUCGCUGAUUUUGUUGAAAAAGAUCCUCGUAUUGGUAAACUGCUUGUUCAGUUAAGAGUUUCUGGACGAAAAACGUUUUUGCUUACAAAUAGUGAAUAUGAAUAUACAAAGGCUGUUAUGACUUUUCUUCUUGGAGAUAAAUGGAGAGAUUUUUUUGAUAUAAUUAUUGUAGAUGCAAGGAAGCCUUUGUGGUUUGGAGAAGGAACUGUUUUUCGCGAAGUAAAUAUAGAAACUGGAGCGUUGAAAAUCGGAAUACCAAUUGGUCCCUUGCGUAGCGGUGCUGUUUAUUCUGGAGGUUCGUGUGAGGCAUUUCGUCGACUUGUUAAGGCAAAAGGAAGAGAUGUCUUGUAUAUUGGAGAUCAUAUCUUUGGUGAUGUGCUUAGAUCAAAGAAAACUCGUGGUUGGAAAACUUUUUUGAUUGUGCCAGAAUUAAAUCGUGAAUUGGUUGUUUGGACAGGAAAAAGAGAUUUGUUCGAUCAACUGCGGGAACUUGAAGCAAAAAUGGCAGAUUUGUACAAAAAUUUGGAUGCAGAUACUCGUGGUAAUUCAGAAAUGAAAAAUAUCUUGGAGCCUACAUUGAAAUCGAUUCGGGAAGUUACAAUAAAGAUGGAUAAUGAAUAUAGCGUUUUUGGCUCUCUGUUCCGAAGUGGUUCCCGAACAACUUUCUUUGCUUCGCAAGUUGAGAGAUAUGCUGAUCUUUAUGCUUCAUCAUGUUUUAAUUUGGUGUAUUACCCAACUUUUUAUUUUUUCCGCGCGGCAAUGUCAUUAAUGCCCCACGAGUCGACUGUUCAGCAGACUGCUGCUCUUCCUCCAGAUCAAGUGGAACAGAUUGCUAAACAUGGAAAUGAAGUGCGUGAUUUGAGUCAACGCAUGGCUAAGGAACCAACAUUUUGUUUUGAAGAAGAUGAUGAAGGUGGUGAAGGUUCGGGUCAAGGAUCUACUCCAAACAAUACUGCUCGUCCUGGAACUGGAGGAGAAUCAGAAAGUGAUAAUGAAGAGAUUAAAGAAGAUGGGCAUCAACGAUUGAAUAAUAGGGAUGUUAUUGUACCGAAGACGUCUUUUGUUGAGAGUGGAAAUUGAGCAUGAUUCUCAGAUGCUGAAUUGUGGGAUAUUCGGGUUCUUGCUUUUUUUUCUUGUGCUUUUUGUUUAUUUAAAUUUGAGGCAAUUAGUAUAUAUUAGCGGCAUUUUGGCCCCUUGCCAUAUUCUUUUAACUAUAU